AGGUCUGGAAGGAAUCAAGAGGACUGCGAACGAGCAUGAAGGAACGAAAGUGGACGAAUGGAUCACCGGAAACCUUCUUUCUCUGAAGCGUGGAACAAAAGGCCGGUCCAGCACCUCACGUGUCUGGGCCGGCGCUGCAACGCCCCUUCAGAAAAGGAGGUAGCGGUUCCUUUAAGAGGCCUUCCCCCGCCCCGUAAAGCCCCGCCCAGAGAGGGCACGUGCCCCUCUGCCGCGCCCUAGGGGCGGGACUCUAGGCGGUUUGAAAGUCCGGCGAUCACCCUUAGAGAGGCGGUUCGCCCUGCGACUGGGAUGUCGGUGUUAAGGCCGCUGGACAAGCUGCCCGUCCUGAACACGGCCACCAUCUUGCUGGUGGGCACGGAGGAUGCUCUUGUGCAGCAGCUGGCGGACUCGAUGCUCAAGGAGGACUGCGCCUCCGAGCUGAGGGUCCACUUGACAAGGUCCCUCCCUCUGCCCUCCAAUGUGAAUCGGCCCCGAAUUGACCUGAUUGUGUUUGUGAUUAACCUUCACAGCAAAUACAGCCUCCAGAAUGUAGAGAGGUCCCUGCACCAUGUGGAUGCCAGCUUCUUCCUGGGGAAGGUGUGCUUCCUCACCACGGGCGCUGGGCGGGAGAGCCACUGCAGCAUUCACCGGAAUACCGUCGCGAUGCUGGCCCACACCUACCGGAGCCCCCUGCUCUUCUGUGACCUGGAGGUGGAAGAGUUUCGAGCCACCAUGGCACGACGCCUGGUGCGCAUGCUGCAGAUCUGCGCUGGUCACGUGCCCGGCGUCUCAGCCCUGAACCUGCUGUCCUUGCUAAAGAGCUCUGAGAGUCCCUCACCAGAGGACCCCUGAGGGCUGCUGGGUCCUGGGCUGUCCUCCCCACAGCUGGAUUCUGGCUCCAUAAACAUUCACAGGCCAUGGGUCAGCAGCCAGAUAUUUUGCAGGCUCCCUGCAGGGCCCAUGCGCCUCUGUGCUCCAGCAGGGAGUGCUGGGCAAGCACCGGGAGGGAGCCCCGUGAGGGAGACUGCAACGCCCCCACUCCCAUGCUCGCUCCUGCAGAGCUCCUUGUCUUUAUCCACCUGACAUGGUGUUUCUCCACUUAAGAUUUCAUUUAAAUAAAGGGUCUGUGGCUAAAAAAAAGUUUGAAAAUCA